CGGGGCUGCGGGGGCGGGGGAGCGGCCGCCCUGGCGCUGUGCUCCAUGGAUGGCGUUUUCCUGUCGCCCAGCGAGGAUGAGUUCGUGGGCAGGAUCGCGGAGGAGCUGGAGCACUUCAUGGUGCAGGGCCAGCACCACCGAGUGCUCCUGUUCCCACCCCUGUCCAGCCGCCUCAGGUACCUGAUCCACCGGACUGUGGAAAACAUGGAAUUGCUGAGCAGCUUCUCGGUGGGAGAGGGCUGGAGGAGGAGGACAGUCAUUUGUCACUCUGCUGUCAGGCUUCCCAACGAGACCUCGAGCGACCAAAAACCCGGGGCCAACCCCGCCCGGCCGCCGCGCCCGGCGCAGCCCUGGGGCCGGGGGGGCCGGGGCGCCCGGCCGCGCCACGCCGGGGACCCCCACGGGGACAGCUCCCGCGCCUCCGUGGGCUCGGGCAGGAUCACCAGGCCGCCCAGGAGGAAGCCAGAGAAAGCCCUGUACGUGCCCAAAGGGAUCCGGAAAAAGGCGAAUUGGAGGGAGCGGGAGAGCCCCGAGGCGGAGCCCGACGGGGACGCGGCUCCAGGAGGUGAAAGCUGCCCCAGGAAUUCCAUCGGGGACACCCAGCGGGAGCUGGGCAAGGGUGGAGGCAGCCCUGGCAAGGAAGAGCACGUCCCGGGAAAAGGCAGCGCUGAGCAUCCUCUGUGUGAGGAGCAGGUGCCAUCCUUAGGGAAUAGCGGCGAUUCCUGUGAGCAGGGAAGUCGGGAUAAAGACUGUUCCCAUUCCACAUCUUCUGCACUCAGCAAACACCCACCCGAGGCAGGAGAGGAAGAGUCGAGCCACGCCGGCAGCACCAUUCCAGAAGGCAGCGAAUUCCAGGGCCAGCUGCAAGGGGAGAACCAAUCCGGCCGGGAUUGCGGAGGGUCGGAGUGUGGGAGAAGCUCCGUGCCUUUGGAAAACCAUGGUGGCAGCAGGACAGACCCGCCUGUGACAGUGACAGACCCGCCUGUGACAGUGACAGACCCACCUCAGACAGACCUGGCAGUGACAGACCCCCCAGCCCUGGAAGCGCAGACCUUGGAGGGCAGCAGGAGCCAGUCCCACCCUGGAGAGCAGGAUCCCCGGAAUUCCGAGGGAGGCCGGGGUGUUCCCCCGCAGCAGAACCCCAGCGCUGGGCAGGUGGAGCAGGACCCCCCGCAGAAGGUUCUGGAAGGCCCAGGUGAGGCUCUGGCUGCGCCGGAGCCGCUCCGUGGCGGAGAUCCCGGCGCUCCGGGGCCGAUCCGCGGCGGGAAGGAGGAAGAGGAGGACAAGGAGGGCUCGGAUGUGGCCGAGGCGCUGGGCAGGGGCCUGGAUUUGGCUGCAGGGGACAGAGAGGGGACACGGCAGAGCGGCCUCGAGGACGACUGCACGGCAGAGCUCCUGGCAGAGAUCGUGGGGAAUUUGACGGUGAAGGACAUCAGCAUCGAGAGGGUCAGCGUGGAUUGUCCCGGCCACGGAGAGGCCCAGCUCAGCGAGGGCGACUUGGGCCACGUCACCGAGAUCUACGACUUCCCCUCGUCGCUGAAAACCGAGGAUCUGAUGGAAAUGUUCUCGGAUUUCCACGAGAGCGGCUUCAAAAUCCAGUGGGUGGAUGAUACCCAUGCCCUGGGAAUCUUCUCCAGCCUCUCCACAGCCUCCCAGGCCCUGGGCCGCCGUUUCCCCUGCCUGAAGAUCCGGCCCCUGAUCCACGCCAGCAAACAGGCCAAGCUCAAGGCCCUGCAGAGACCAAAGCUGCUGCAGCUGGGCAAGGAGAGGCCGCAGACGGACGCGGCGGUGGCCCGGAGGCUCGUGUCCCACGCCCUGGGCUGGAGGCACCGGCAGCACGAGGAUUUCCAGCCAGAACCCUUGGAGCAGGAGGAAUAAUCCCAAAAAACCCAAACCAAGGCUGUAAAGAUGAGCAUGGCUGUGCUAUUAAAUGCAUGCGGAGCAGGCAGUGCCACGGGGCUGUUCCUUUAGGGAGAGUUGGGAGUGGGGAUUCUUGUUCGGGGUUUUUUGGAGCCCUGGGAAGUGCUGGAAUUCUUUGUUGGGUGUUUCGAAGCAGCUGGGGCACCUGCAGGAAUGAGGUGGUUUCUUUAUUCCUUCUUCCUGCUCUGUUUUCCAACAAAAAAUAGGCAUUAAGAGUAAGAAAAAUAGGAUUUUUUUGGGGCCAAAAUUCAACUCUAAGCAAGGGCAGGAGUUCAGAAAUCUGUUCCACGUUUGUUGUAAUGUUGCUGUUCAUAUAUCCCAGAAAACUGACAGGCAGUGAAUCCAAGCUUUAGGGAAUUUUUUACUUAUUUACAGAGUCUCAAGAGCCUGAACUUCCCUGUUGGUGAGGAAAGUUGGGAUCUGCUCAUUAGGAUUUUCCUGUGUGCCCAGAGCUGGGUUUAAAAUGAGCUUCCAGCCCCAUCCCAGGCUCUGCUCGUGCUGCAGUCUGGAAUUCUGAGGAAAAACUGGAAUUUUAUCAUUGCCAGGGGUUAAAACCCUUUGCCAGCCGCCCUCUGGGGCACUGGAGAAAUGACAAAUACUCAAAAUAUUUCUGCAUUUCGAAGCCUCACAACAUCCCUGUGAGGUGGGGUUUGGGGCAAGUUUGCAGCCACUUGGAAUCCCCUGUGGAAUCAGCUGGAAUUCCAGACAACUUUGAUCUUAGAAGAGGGGGGGAAACCCCCAAACUUCCAGGAAUUGUGAGGAGAAAUACGCCAAGGGCUUCCAAAGUGAUUUUUUGUUUCCAGGGAAAUGGAUUUUAUUGGAGCUCUGUGUCCUCAAACAAACAGAGGAGCACCGGGAAUUCCCACAGGAGGAGAUCCUUGGGGAUGAGAGGCAGAAAUUCCCUCUGCAAGGUGCACAGGGAUCAUUCAUCCUCGAAAAAAAGAUGGAAAAUGCAGCCAGGAGGUGAUUCUUGGAUGGGCACAGCACCUGGUGGGUGGAGGAUCCCUGUGGGAUGGGAAUUUCCAGCCCAGAGGCCUCAUCCCUGGGAAUCUGCUGAGUUCGGGGUCACUUCAGGGAGCUUUGAUUCCAUGUGAGAUUCCAUAUGAGAUUCCCUGUGAGAUUCCCUGUGAAAUUCCAAAUGAGAUUCCUUGUGAGAUUCCAUGUGAAAUUCCCUGUGAAAUUCCAAAUGAGAUUCCCUGUGAGAUUCCCUGUGAAAUUCCACGUUCUGCUCCCCUCCGGAGCGCGGCCGUUGUUGGAUCCAAGCGUUUCACUGCAGUAUUAAAUUCAGCUUUACACUGUUGUGCUCACAAAAA